UAUAACCCCGAGCCAAGAGAAAGUGAACUUUGGGGGGAAAUGCAAGGGGUUAGGUUAAAUGCUGAAUGCGCGACUCAAGAGAGCUGCAUCAGAGGUUUGAUUUCAGCCCGUAUGCUGAAAGCUUAUGCACAAUAGUUAGUUUGUCUCCGUUUCUAUUCACACGCGGGGACACAGAGGGACACGGCUUAGGAGUGUACUUUUCAAAUAUAACAGUUUAAUGCAGCUGUGCAGCGUCGCGUGUUUUGCAGAUGCACAUAUUGACAAGUGGGGACGCGGUCCGGUGUAAAAACACGUGAUGCCAAGUUGGGACUAAAACCUAGUUGACAGUUUUUCACGCUGUAAUGUUUUGCAUAGCAACAGCCCCUCCCCCAUCCGAGCGGCAGGGACCGUCUGCAAGUUACCCAACGAGGACAGAAACGUAAACCCCCCUACGCUUAAAGCGGAGCUGUCAUAUUACUUAAAAUAUCAGCGGCUAUUAUGUUUUCACCGAUAUAUCACACACUCUCAAUUAUCCGUGCUUAAAUACAGACGCGGAGGUAUAUUUUAGAUUUUCUGUGCGCCACUGAAAUGGUUAACUCUAUACCCGGAAAGGGCGAAGUCUGCACAGCAACAAGCGCCAUGAUUGCGUUGCACUGUGCGUCUCAGCAGCUGCACCGAUCUGACGCCUGGGUGAUGUGUUUGCAGGACGCAAUGGAGCAGCUAGAAGAGGAACUUACAUGCCCAGUCUGCUGCGGUGUCUUCGAGGACCCGCGGGUUUUGCUGUGUUCACACAGCUUUUGCAAGAAAUGCUUGGAGGGACUCUUGGAGGGACACCGAGGUGCAGGUUUCAGACCACCGCUCAAAUGCCCCACAUGCCGCAAAGAAACCCCCCAAAACGGCGCAAACAGCCUGCAGGUGAACUACUCUCUGCGCGGAAUAGUGGAGAAGUUCAACAAAAUAAAGGUUAUGCCGAGGAUGUCCGUCUGUAAACAGCACUGCGGCCAGCCUCUUAACAUAUUCUGCGCCACUGACAUGAAACUCAUAUGUGGAUUUUGCGCAACGACGGACGACCACUGUGGGCACAAAUUCAGCUCCUUGGAGGACGCGUACGAACGGGAGAAAGAGACAUUUGAAGAGCUGCGUCGUGAUGUGGAGAGCUGGCAGAGCGCAGAUACCCUGUCCUGCCUGGAGACACUACAAGCCAGUAAGAAAAAGGCGCUCCAGUCUGUGACCAAGGACGCGGAGAAGGUAGAAGACUACUUCGACAAACUCAUCAGUUCCCUCGAUUGUAAAAAGAACGAGAUCCUGUCCGAUUUCGAAACACUAAAGCUGGUGGUGAUGCAAAAAUACGACCCGGAGAUCACUAAGCUGAGCGCAGCGCUGGAUGAGCAGAAGCGGGCGCUCAGCAUCGCCGAGGCUUUCAAGAGCAUCUCCGACCCCCUGUGCUUUCUGCAGCAGAUGCAAGAGUUUCGAGAGAAGGUGGGGGUCCUUAAACAGACUCCACUGCCCUCUCGGAAAGGCAUGGACGUCGGUCCACUCGUGCACAAUUUCGAUGUUAAAAAGUGGGAUUCACUCAGGCUCCGAGAAGUGGACAAGAUCUCCGUCCCCCACGAGAAUGGCUCGUACAGGACGGGGGGCUCGCGGAUGGCAGUGUCCAAACGGAUCGUCCUAUUUGCGGGUUUAUUACUGUCAACACUAUUCCUGCUGCUGUCGCCGCACAACGUAUCAGCCGAGUUAACCUCGAAGAUUGAUCCUGUCCUCUCUCUAGUUUCGUCCUAUGUCAGCCACGGUGCUGUGUACUUGCAUGAAAUGAAUGACAUGUGCGCCACUUUGAUGUACGCUGGUCAGGAAAGUAUGUGGAAAUUUAUUGACUCCGCUGUUCACUUUAUUGGUAGUUGUAAGUUAUCUAAUUAGCCUGUGACAUCUCACAGCUGAAAAGUUCCACUGACUGACUCAGAAGCACACAGCCAGUGUUUUUAAGAGAGCACCAGUUUGUUUACUAUGUCCUUUAUUUUUGCCUUUUUUGAUCAAGCUGCAGCCUCAGUGAAGCCAUACAAUCAAACUAAAUCCUUAAAUCCUCAAAGGUUGUAUCCUACACUUACAAUCGCUAACUCUCAAACUCACACUAUUUCCACGAAAUCUGAAAUAUAUUCCUUUAUAUAUAUAUAUAUACACACAAUGACGAUUUUUUUAUACUUGUCCAAGAUGAUCUUGACAAAUAAAACCGAGCGAUCUCAGUCA